AUGUCAUCCAGAACCACUCGCUCCUCUGCGAGACUUGCUACAGACCCUCCUCCCUCCGCUGACUCCGGACCACCUUCGAAUACCGCCGCUGGCACGGCUCCUUCCCGGAAACGCAAGGCCUCAAGUCGCCGGGAUCGACAGAUAGACGCUCCAAACCAGCCACCGGCCCCAUCCUCGCCGCGACGGUCGAAGCGACAGAAGACCGCGGCGUCCCACCCAGCUCCCUCGACUGGUCCUGCUGCCGCCCCUCGUCGAGCCGCCCGCAGUCGACCAGCCAUGUCACAACCGGGACCGUCUUCGCAACCCUCGGAGGAAUCGAAGUCAACUACAUCUCCGUCCCAACCGCGGCGGAGGUCCAACCGGAAUGAUCGCCUCGCAGCAACACAGUCCCCGCCCCCGCGACGACAGAAGAAGCGCGCCAUAAAGACAAACCCUGAUACAAUAAUGCGCGAUACCGAGGAGGAUUUGGUGGACCAGGAGGCAAAUGAAGAGCGAGAAGAAUCCCCAUCGGGUGACAGCAAUGACGGAACCAAUCCUUCAGCCUUUGACGACGAUGAGUUGGACCCCUUCCAUAGCAGCCUUUUCGGAGGUCGUAGCGCCGUCGGGUUGCAAAAUACCCUUCGUGCGCUCAGCGGCAUGAUGUCGGGCAUGUCUUCACGGCUUCGCGACAUUCUCUGUAAUCUCAGAGCGAAAGAUGACCCUUCCCUUCAAUUGAUUGCCCUCCAAGAGUUGUCAGAUCUUCUACUCGUGUCCAACGAAGAUAAUCUCUCCGGCCAGUUUUCUCCUGACCCUUACGUCAAGGAGCUAGUCACCUUAAUGCAGCCAAAUCAAUUUGGCGAGGAAAAUCCCGAGAUUAUGCUUCUGGCCUGUCGCUGCCUAGCCAAUUUAAUGGAGGCCCUUCGUGGCUCGGUCGCCAAUGUUGUGUAUGGGGGGGCUGUGCCUAUCCUCUGCCAAAAGCUCUUGGAUAUCCAAUUCAUUGACCUUGCCGAGCAAGCCCUCAGCACCCUGGCCAAGAUCUCUGUCGACUUUCCUGCCUCAAUUGUGCGCGAAGGAGGUCUAACAGCUUGCUUGACCUAUCUUGAUUUCUUCCCAACAAGCACUCAGCGCACGGCGGUCACUACUGCUGCCAACUGCUGCCGUAACCUCCCGCAUGACUCGUUUCCGGUCGUGCGGGAUGUUAUGGGAACUCUGCUUAACGUUUUGUCCAGCAAUGAUCCCAAAGUCGUUGAACAAGGGUGUCUCUGUGUCUCUCGAAUCGUGGAGAGCUUUAAGCUUCGCCCCUCUAAUCUCGAAGAACUGAUCAAGCCGGAGAUGCUCAAAGCUGUCCUUCGCCUAUUGCUUCCAGGCACGACGAACCUGAUCGGCCCACAUAUUCACACUCAGUUCCUUCGUGUUCUCGCUAUUACCGCCAAAGUCAGCCCUCGACUGUCAAUCGAAUUACUCAAGAUGGACCUUGUGGAUACUCUCUACCAGAUCUUAACUGGUAUCUCUCCCCCUGAGGAUGUGGACAACAACGCCGUAAAGAUGGACAGUGUGUUGGUCAUGCAGGCAUUGAUCCACCGUCCCCGAGAGCAGGUUUUUGAAACCCUCAAUGUCAUCUGCGAAUUGUUGCCGGGUUUGCCAAAUCGGGAGGCAUCGAAGACAGAUAACGUGCUCAACUCGUAUUUUGAUAACAGCAUGUCUAUCGGGCUGAGGUCGCCCAAAUCUAAGGAUGUACCCGGAGAGCGACGCGCAUUGCUUGACACAUGCAAACCAGAACUCAAACGAUUCGCUAUGAUCCUGUUUCCUACUUUGACCGAUGCUUAUUCGAGCACCGUUAAUCUCCUCGUUCGCCAAAAAGUUCUUAUCGCGCAGCUGAAAAUGCUGCAUAUUUUGGAACCCAGAUUGAUUGAGGAUGCUCUUCGUACUGUGCCUUACGCCUCAUUCCUCGCCGCCAUUCUUUCUCAAAAGGAUCAUCCUUCUCUAGUGUCUCUUGCACUUCGAUGUUCCGAGUUAUUGUUCCAACGUCUGGAACACGUUUACCAGCAUCAAUUUCACCGGGAGGGAGUUAUCUCUGAAAUCGUCAAACUCUCAGAGAUACCCCUUUCUACAGAUCAAGAUGGUGAGAACUCUGCAGAUAAGAAGAAAUCUUCCUCCGACCCCAGCGAUGUCGAUCCUGAAAUCGAGUAUGCGGACGAGGGCAACAAGAACGAUGACGGGGACGAAGAUGUUGAUGGAGACGAUUUCGAUGAUCAAGACGAUGGUCAGGAUGAUGAAAAUGAGGACGAUUCCGAGUCUGAUAGUUCCUCUGCUGAUGGCCGACGGUCAAUCACCAAGCUAGAAAAUGCGCUCAAUGAUCUUGUCAUACGCGAUGCCAACGCGUUCCUCAAGAUGUAUGAGACUGGCCAGGGUGUUACCAUCCGUGGAGAGGCUCUUAAGAUCUUGGCGGAGUUGCAAGCCUUGGCGGCUAAGAUUCGAACCCUUUAUGCCACUGGGAAUGCAAAUGAUGGCCUUCCCUUGUUCGAAAGCUUGGCAUCUUACUUUGAUGGGGAUGCCCUGGAAAGUAUCACAAGCUCGGAAUUGCUUAACUCUGGUAUUAUCGGAGUGCUUCUGGACGUCCUCGGUGACUUUAAAGCCCUUUCAAUCCGCCAUUCCCGCGCCGCAUUUCUUCAGGCGUUCAUGGGUGCAAAGAUUUCAGAAAAGGCCCAAAGCCAGAGCACUGCCACAACCCCUUUCAGUGUGCUGAUCAGAAAAUUGCAAGACUUGCUGAGUAGGACUGAGCACUUCGAAGUGAUCACUGUCAGCCAUAAUUCACUGGAAAAUACUCGCAUCAAUGCUACGUAUAUGCUCGGGAAACAAAUUCGGCUUAGACUCGUUGCAGAGAAUGACUCUGAAGUUCCCCGUCCCUAUAAAAAUAUCAUGGUGUCUAUUCAUGCAAUUGCUACUUUUAAAGCGCUCGAUGACUUCCUUCAACCCCGCAUUGCAAUGUCUGAGCGUCCUCGCCAAUCUCGCGCCCGCGACUCGAUUCUCUCACAAAUCGCCCAGGCUGCGCGCAUUCGUGAUCAGCUUACUUCCUCGAACACGAGAAUAUCUGGUGGAGAUGCACAAGGUCAUGUCGCAGGUACCCAAGGCGAUGCCAAUGAGUCACAAGAUGAAGAUCGUGAUAGUCUGCCCGCUGGUCAUAACCGACACCGACGAAUGCAGUUCCAGGAGGACGAGGAUGAGCAUGACGAUGAGCCGCUAGAAUGCGCCGAUGAAAGACAAUUGAGUGAGCCCGAGGAUGAGGACAUUGACGAGGGUGAUGAAGAUGAGGAGCUUAAUGCUAUCGUUGAUGACCUAGAGGAUGAGCUUGACGAAGGUAACAUCCAUGACCCCACGGCCGUCAAUAUGGAGGUUGGGUCUUCUGGGAAAGUGACCGCUCGCAAAGAGGACGGUACUCGAGUGGGAACCCCGUCCCAGUCAACACCUGCAUCCAAACCUUCCUCCUCGGCCCACAGUUCAGCUUCGUCAAAUCCCACAGGCCAUAACUCUAUUGCUACGGCCGGACGUCCAUUCUCUUCGUACGCCGCUGCAAUGGCAUCCAUUCCUCAAGAUUGGCAUAUCGAGUUCUGUGUGGAUGGAAAGCCCAUCUCUAGCGACACUACGGUCUACCGUGCUGUGCAUCACAACCGGGAGCAAGUAGAUGAGGCGAAGACCAAGAACGUUUGGUCUGCUGUUCACACUGUUACCUUCCGUCGUGUUCCAGGUCCCCCGCCACCAGAGCCGUCUACUUUGGCAUCAAGUGGCCUGGAUGCCACCUCUAAUGGCGAUAGUCUGGAAAUCCCCACUUCUCUCAGCAAGGACUCUACCACCGCUUCGAUUUUGCGUCUGCUGCGCGUACUGCACGAGAUGAAUGCGACAAUCGAAGACAUUUUGACCGAGACUCGGGACCACGCCAAUAUCACCCCCGAGCCCCUUGCCCAGUUCAUCAACACCAAGCUCACUGCCAAAGUUAACCGUCAGCUCGAAGAGCCGCUGAUAGUGGCCAGUAGCUGUCUUCCAAGCUGGAGUGAGGACCUGGCGCGGCUGUUCUCUUUCCUGUUCCCGUUUGAGACCCGCCAUUUGUUCCUCCAGUCAACUGCGUUUGGCUAUUCCCGUGCCAUGAUGAGAUGGCAUAAUUCUCAAAGUACAGAGGAUAACAGGCGUGACCUCCGUCGCGAUGAUAGGCCGUUCCUUGGUCGAUUGCAGCGACAAAAGGUGCGUAUCUCUCGCGCCCGUAUUUUGGACUCUGCCAUCAAAGUCAUGGAGCUCUAUGGGUCGUCGCCGAGUGUUCUCGAAGUUGAGUAUUUCGAAGAAGUUGGAACCGGACUUGGUCCCACUUUGGAGUUCUAUUCCACUGUUUCGAAGGAGUUCUCGAAGAGAAAACUGAAGAUCUGGAGAGAAAACGACGGAAGCUCGGCUGCUGAGUAUGCCUUCGGCAAGCGCGGGCUCUUCCCAGCCCCAAUGAGCGAGGAGCAAGCAUCCCAAGAAUCUGGCAAGAAGCUAUUGAAUACGUUCAAAAUUCUUGGAAAAUUCGUUGCGCGCUCCAUGCUUGAUUCGCGCAUCAUUGAUAUUUCCUUCAACCCGGCUUUCUUUCGCAUUGCCGACACUUUGUCAUCCGUUGCCCCUUCCUUGGGCACAGUUAAGGCGGUGGAUGAAGACCUGGCCAAGUCGCUGGUCUUGUUGAAGCGAUUCGUCAAAGCAAAGGAUGAGGUUCGGGAAGACAGGACCUUGUCUUCGCAACAGAAAACGCAGGCUAUCGAGUACAUUCGGGUCGACGAUGUCCGCGUCGACGAUCUGGGAUUGGACUUUACCCUGCCCGGGUAUCCGGAUAUUGAUUUGAUUCCAGACGGCUCGAAUGUUCCAUUAACUAUCAAGAAUGUGGACCUAUAUGUGGAACGUGUCAUUGACAUGACUCUUGGCAGCGGUGUCCGACACCAAGUGGAUGCAUUCCGAGCAGGGUUCUCCCAAGUGUUCCCUUUCUCUGCCCUUCGCGCAUUUACUCCAAGUGAGCUUGUGAUGCUCUUCGGCCAAGCUGAAGAGGAUUGGUCAAUCGAAACCUUGAUGGACUCCAUUAAAGCCGAUCACGGUUUCAACAUGGAUAGCAAGGGUGUCCGAAACUUGCUUCAAACCAUGAGCGAGCUUGACAAGCAACAACGCCGUGAUUUCUUGCAGUUCGUUACCGGUAGCCCGAAACUACCCAUCGGUGGCUUCAAGAGUCUUACGCCCAUUUUCACGGUCGUAUGCCGCCCAAGUGAGCCUCCAUACACCCCGGACGACUACCUCCCAAGUGUUAUGACUUGCGUGAAUUACCUCAAGUUGCCGGACUACAGCAGCUUGGACGUUCUUAAGGAGCGACUGUCUGUUGCAAUUAAAGAAGGACAAGGUGCAUUCCACCUCUCCUAA